ACCAGCGUAGCAGUGCAUUGUUCGCGUCCGUCGGCCGUGGUUUCGCGUCACCCGGUGUGCCGCGUGCGCUCGACUCUGAUCAUGUCAGAAUCAUAAUAUUUUUUUUACAAUUCAAACAGUUUUUGGAAAAAUAAAAUAAAAAUACAUUCCGUACAAUUAUUACCUGACGUAACCGUCGGAUGGGGAAAAAACGACGACCAUCAUGGUAUGAAAUAAAUAUGAAUAUUAUUUGGUCGUGUCGUCCGUCGCGCGCGCGCUAGCCCGUGUGUGCGUGUGUGUAUAAUAUAAUAUCGUGUUUGUGCGCGCGCGCCGCCCGCGUAUGUAGUGUGUAACUGUAGUGUGUUACUGCGGAGUGCAGUAAGUUGUGCGCGGUGUAGGCCGUGAUCGCCGAAUCGUCGGAACUGUUUCCUUGGCGUUUGUUAGAUAUUUGUUCGUUUUCGAGUGCGUCGCGCGAAUAGUGCGAUCAGGGCGCCGGCCGCCCCGCCGCCGGUGGCCAAUCAAUGCGUGCCGCCGCCACCGCCGCCGCCGCCGUCGUCGUCAUCGUCGUCGCUGCCGCCGCCUGUCGUCGGCUGCAACGCGAGAUUUGAAAAGUAAAAUGUAAUUGUUUAAUACAUCUGUAUUAAAACAAAAAAACAUUGGAAAUGUCGUCUAGAAAAGGUGCAGAUACCGGGAUUACCGCUGGUGAGGGUCAAAAUCAAAAACUGAGUUCAGUAACUGCUAAAACAAAACUAAAAAGAAUAUCUAACGCUAGUGACUCACCACCAGGACCAAUCCAUUCGACAAAAAAAACUAAUAAAAAAUCUUCUCUACCCCAAAAAAAUUUAAAAUUAGAUCAAAAAAAUGUGAAAUCAAUGAAGUCAAAUAAAAAAAAUGAAAAAGAAAGUGAAGAUUCAGAUGAGAAAAAAGAUUUGGCAAAAAAAUCAGCUAAGCAAAAGUUAAAAGAAAAAUUUGUUACAAAAACUGUGAAAAAACCAAUUAAGGAAGUUAAAAAAGGGAAAAAUUCUGCUUCUGGAAAUAAUGAAAAAGUUGAAAAAAUCCCAAAAACUAAAAAACCCAUUAAAAAGGUUGAAGAUAAAGAAGAAAAGAAACCCAAAGAAAAAGUUCUGAAAGAGAAGAAGGUUAAAGAAGUUAAAGAAGUUAAAGAAGUUAAAGAACUAAAAAAGAAACCGGAAAAAAAAUCUAUUUUGAAACCAGUAAAAAAAAAUAUAGAAGAUGUUGAGUCUUUAAAAUCUCGUGUUGAUUUAAAGGCAGAAAAAAAAGAAAAAUUAAAAAAAGUUAAAACGGUUCCUAAAAGUAAGGUAAAAUUGAAUUCAGCCAAAAAAAUUGAUGAUAAUCCUCAAAUAGAAUGUAUGGAUAUCGUAAAAGAUGAAAAUCCUGAUGAUGUUGCUCUUUUGCAAGUUUUUCAAUUAAAGAAUGGUCCAGUUUGUGAUUUCGAUGGAAGCGUGUGUAAUACCAUAACAAUUAGACAAGAUAAUACUUGUAUAAAAAUUAAAGAAAUAUCGGUUAGCCAAUUACCAUAUCCAUUAAAAACAGAAGAAAAUGAGAAAAUAGAUGUGACAUCCACACCUGUAAAAAAAGAAUCAAAACAAAAUACUGAAAAUCAGAAUACCGAAAAACCAAGUGUCGAUAAACUGAAAUCUGAAAAGCAAAAAAACGAAAAAUUAAAAAGUGAGAAACAAAAAUUGCAAAAGCAAAAAGAGAAACAAAAAGUCGAAAAAAAGAAAGCCGAAAAAGUAAUAAAAAAAUUAACCAAAGUCGAAAAACAAAAACUCUUAGAAGUAGAUAAAACCAGAUCAAAAGGUAAAACAAAAAUUACACCAAAGACUAAAGCCAAAGGCAGACCUGUGUCAAAAAGGCCUAGAGUUGCAUCUCUAAAUGCAAUUGCCAAAGUUCAUUGUUUGUAUGAAAAUGAGAGUAAAAGCGCAUUGAUCGACGCUAUGGCUGCUUCUGCAACUACAACUACAACAGCACUUCCAACAAAAGCUAAGAACGACUCAGAUGUUGAAAUACCAGCUAGAAAAGGAAAGAGAACGUCUAAAAGAACAACUCCUGGUUUAAAAAGUGUGGGAAGGCAUUGGGACAUGCAUGAUACCAGUUCUACUAAUAGUUCUUCAUCAGGUGUAGACGAUGCCAAAUACGAACCUCCAAAGUCGGCUAAACGUACGAAAAAGCAACCAGUGAUUACUCAGCCUGCAAGUACAGAUGAAGAAGAAGAAGGAGAAGAGGAACCUGAAAGUUCUCCUAAGGAAGUUACUUCACCAACGGGUGGAUCUAAACGAAAGAGACGCAAUGCAGAUAAUGUAACUAUGGACCUUAAAGAUAUGGUGGUGAAAAAACGUAUGGCUAGUCUAAACGCAUCAGCUAUAUUAGCAGCCAGUUAUUCGACUGAAAAAAAAUCACCGCCUAAAGGACAGGACAGUUCGAAGAAAUCGACCACAAGUUCUGAAGUAUCUUCAGAACGAUCAGAACCAGAAGAUGAUGCGGAAGAUGAAGAUUCGGAUGGACAUAGAGAAUCCACGAUUCGUUCAACGACACUUCAUCCAACGCCUUUGCCACCUAUAGUUCCCCCACCAUCAUCUCAACUUGCUGUCAUCGUAAAUCAAGACACAGACGUCACUAUCACCACCGGCGUGUAUGUCAAUAGCACUACACGGUCUACGAGACACGAGGAGUUUUGUACUAUAUCUGGGCUCCAGUACCGAAUAUCUAGUACAAGUCAUACUCAAACCGAAGCCACAGCCGUGGCUACCGAAACGUUACUCCAUGCUGAUCACACGGUUUCAUCGCAACAGCCUGUAUCGUCGUCGGUGUCGGUGGUGCCGUCUUCGCAGCAACCAGCGGCUCCGCGUCCGUCGUACGCGCCGCUGACCGCCUUGUCCAGCAUGCAACCGCCCGGUUCGUCCGGCCCGGAUCAUCAUCCGUCGCAUCAACCGCAGCCACCGCCACCGCACCACCGGCGCCAUCACCACCAUCACCAUCACGGUGCGCCGUAUAACAGCGCGUUUUCCGCACCGCCGCCGCCCACGCAGGCCAACGGCGGCGCCCCGUCCGACGUUUCCGACAGCGGCAAACAUGAACAACAACCGACGUCGCUGCCGCCACCGCCGCCACCGCCUUACGCCCACGGCUAUUACCAACCGGCCGGGCCUCUAAUCUCCAGUCAUCACCUGCUACCGCAUCACGUGCACUUGCAUCAUCCGUCGCACGUGAAGUCGUCGCUGGCCCCACCGUCGGUGCCCACACCGCCGUCGUCGGCUGGCACGGCCGCACCACCGCCGACCGAGUCGUCCGACACCGAAGUGGUGCCGAUCAGGUCCACGUCCGUGCCGACGCCACCCGGAUACCGUUAUCCGCCGCAGGGCCAGUACCACCCACCGCCGAUCCCGUCGUACUACCCGUCACCUCCGGCUUCGGCUAGCCUCCAGUACCCACCGCCGCCGCCGCCGCAGGUGCCUACCCACUAUUUGCCGGAGCCCCCGAACCCGUGCUCCUAUCCCGGUGGGCCGCACCAUCAACCCGGCUACUUCCACCACAGCCGCAGCUCGCCGUACCACCACAUACCGUUUCACCACAGACGGCCGCCGGUCGCACCACCAUACGCACCGGCCGGUGGACCACCCACGUAUUACCACGAGUACUACGGUCCACCGCCCGGGCCACCGCCUGCGCAGCCACCUGAGUCUACCGGCGUACACCAGCAACAGAUGUUGGUGGCCACCAGGCCCGGUGACCGACCGGACCAUCAUCAGCCCCCGCCACCGCCGCAACAACAGCAGCAGCAGCAGCAGCAGCUACCUCCACCACCGGACGCGUACCCUGCGCCGCAGCCGCUCUACUACUCGCCGUAUGGUGCGCCCCCGGGACCGUCGUGCUAUUCGCCCGCUCCCCCUCGGACCUACAUAGACCCAACAUACCACUCGUGUCCGUGCCCAAUGCAAACGUGUCCCAAUCCAAAAAACGUCCAUACUGGCCCGCUUACUGGUGCAGUCAGUAAGGGGCCAAAACAUCAUUCGACAGUAGUUACUCUUCCGCCAGUUGCACUGGCCCUACCGCAAGAACCUCCACGGGCUCACGGCCCACCCAGCCCGGCCAGGGGCAGCGCUGGAGUUCCCGGACCACCGCGGUCCGCGUCCUCCGGCAGCCCGUCCAAACAAGUUCCUUGGUGCAUGAGCCCGCUGAGCCCAGCCAGAGCAUCCGUCCAACAUCUGGCGCCUCAGUCGCCCGCCAUGUUGGCAGCCAAAAAUCCCACCUCCGAGUGGAACACAACCGAGGAGAAAUGCGACACCACCGGCUUGUUGGCCAUCGGCAAAGUCCUCAGUCAAUCCGUUUUGGGCCUGGAUCAUCACCAGCCGAUCGAUCAUCACGACAUCGUACCGAAAAUCGAGCCUAUCGAUGAUGAACCGUCGCAAUCUUAUUACACUCUUAAGGUUGACGUGGCCAGCGAAGACGGCGAUUCCACGUCGGCCGCCGGUGAUGACGACGACAACGGUGACGACGAACAUCAGACCAUCGAUUUGUCGACCAAGCCGCGGGAAUGCUCGGAAGAAUUAACUACUGUGUACUGCACAACCUCCGUCAACAACAAUAAUAGUUUUAAUCAUAACAACAACAAUCAUGGUGACGGUGAUAAAAUAAUAAAAGGAUCAGCGAAAAGGAAGAAACUUAAUCCCAUGCAAAUAGUCUUAGCAAAAAAAUCUAAAAUCCGAGAAGGGAUUGAAGAUGAUGACGUUGGUAACGGCAACGACGCCGCCGCCGUUGCUCUCGACGACGGUACAGAAAUCAAUGAAGAGUCAGCGGCGGCGGCAGCGACAAUAAUAACAACAACAACAACAACUACAACAACAACAAUUGCAACUGCAACAACUGCAAGUACGACGACGAUUGAAGACGAACCGGUUACGGUUAAGCGAAAGAACAGUAUCAAAUCGACGGAUGUCAAGUCCGAACAAGAGAUACUGGACGAGUGUAUGACUGAAGAAAUAUUACGAUCCGUGUUGACGGAUGAGAGCGACGGUGAUGACAUGAUCACUGAAGCUUUCGUUAAAAAAAAAGGCGUUCCGAAGAAAACGAAAAAAGGUAAAAAAGACCGGAAGAACGGUGGGAACAAAAAAGAAAUGACCGAUGCGAUGAAGCGUGAGCUGGAGCAGCGUAUGCGUGAAGAAUUUGCGCAGCUGUCACGGCUCAAGAAUCUAGACCUUGCGCCCAAGUGGUCCAACGGUUGGAUAUGGCAAGGCAAACCUUUCAAACGAUCUGUUUACUUAGAGAAUGACACGCCGGUGUUGAGAAAGUGUUACCCGUGUAUGCGUCACAUGCAAGGUGACACGAUAUACGCGAGGGACUGCGUAUUGCUGAAGUCGGGCUCUCGUAAAAACGACUUACCGUUUAUCGCCAAAAUCGCCUACUUGUGGGAAGACCCCGUUAAUGGAGAAAUGAUGAUGUCGCUGCUGUGGUACUACAGACCGGAGCACACGAAACAGGGACGGCAGAAGGAUGACAUGCCCGACGAACUGUUCGCGUCCAAACACAGGGACGUCAACAGCGUGGCCUGCAUUGACGACCGGUGUUACGUGCUGACGUUCAACGAGUACUGCAGGCACCGGAAGCAAUUGAAGUCGGUACAAGAGAACUUGGUGUUGUGCAAAGCGGUAGUGCCGCCGUUGCAGGAAACCAACCCCAGGGCCAGACAGCUGCCCGCUGAAGGCGCACCGUCGGAUCUGAUAUUCUUCUGCCGCCGCGUGUACGACUGCCGGCAGAAGCGGUUGCUGAAGAAGCCGCAGCUCUGACCAAAACGCAGUCGUCGCCGCCGCCUUCGUGUACUCGACCACGGUCAACAUUACGUCGCCGCCGCCUGCGUCGUUGUUUCUUCGCACUGCUUCAGCAGCUGUCGCCAGCGGUCAGAUAACGACGAUACGUCCGGUCGUCGUCGUGUUUAUAUUAUUUAUUAUUAUUAUUAUUAUUAUUAUUAUUAUUAUUAUCAUAACGAUUAUUUCGAUUAUUACUACGUUCGUUUACGAUUCGUUCUUUUUUAAAAUUAUUAUUAUUAUUAUUAUUAUUAUUAUUAUUAUUAUUAAUAUUAUUAUUACUAUUGUUAUCGAAUGCAAGCGCGCGCGCGCACGCGCUCCCAAAACGAUAAUAGGCAAAACAAUUUUUUUUUGUUAAUGGGGCUCAAAAACCCUGUGGACGGGAUUCGCCCUUCUGGGACAAAAUUAAUAUAGAUAUUUUAUUCGCGCGCACCCACUGUGAUUGGAGAGAUAUUUUUUAUUUUGAAAAACAAAUUUUUGACUGGUUAAUAAUCGAAACUUUGAAAUAAAUGUAUUACACGUAUAGAAUAUAAUAUACUCUAUUACGGUAUUAUAGGUUCAUAGUACUACGCAAUUUACAAAUAAUAUCCCGUGUACCUAAAUAUACCUACCCGUUGUUCAUGAAAACAUAAAUAUAUGUUUAUAAGUUUUAGAUAAAAUUUGCAUCGACAGAAAUUUUAUUGUUUUUGUACUAUAAUUUGUACCUAUACUUUUUAAGUACAAGAGACAUGGAAAAUCAAAACAAAAAAUUUGUUCCAUAUCUUAUGUUUUUCAGCACCUAUAUGUAACUAUAUAUAUAUAUAUAUUGUUGUCAUUACUUUACUCUACCUCUUCUUUUAUUCUCCUCAUGUUUUAUUAUUAUUUUUUAUGAAUAUUAGUUGAUUUUAUUUUAUUAUUAUAUUUGAUUAUAAUUUACUGACAGGCAUUUUGUUUGCUUGUACUUUUCGCUGCACAAUCAGGAAAUGAAAUCUGUAUCCUUUCACCAACAUUAAAUUAUUUGGCCCCUAGAUAAUCUGAUUUCUCUUGUUCAAUGAUUUUAUUCUCCAAAUCACAUGCACAUCUAGUCAUUUGAACAGAAUACAGUCUUAUGACUUCCGGUGAGUCUAUUCCAUUCAUUGUUUCCAUCCACUAAUCUAUAUUUUUUAAUUAUAACUAGUAUUUUAUUUUAACGUCAUCUACAUUUUUCUUUUUUAUAUACAAUAACACAUAUUAAAGUAUUGAUUCUAAUUACAACAUUAUAAAUGACCCGUUCGACCGUAUAUAAA